AUGCUUUCGGUCAGAAGGCUUUUGAGCCAUCUGAUUUUUUUUCUUGUAUUGGUGAACAUUUGCAAGGGUGAGGAAGAAGUGGACAAAGAGGCGGAAACAGAAACGGAUCCGCUUCCGGGAGUACUAUCAUCCAAGCAAUUUGAUGAAGAGUUAAAGUCGGGCUACCAUAUUGUUGAAUUUUUUUCUCCAUAUUGCCCACAUUGUACCCAUUUCGCACCAACAUGGGAAGAUUUUUACCACAAACAUCAUGAAUUAUAUGCCGAAAAGAACAAUCUUCACAUCCAUCAGGUGAAUUGUGUUUCAAACGGUGAUCUUUGCGAUAAGGAGGGUGUUAUGGCAUACCCUACAAUCAGGUUUUAUUCAAGUGGCGGUAAGCUUCUUGGAUCAAUGGAUGAUUAUCAGAGGACGCUGGAAGGCUUGGAAACAUUUGUCAACGAUCAGUUAUCCCUUUGGGUUGUAGGAGAGACAGAUGGCAAGCCGGACGAUUUUUCGAGCGAUUCAAUUCCAGAGACGAUUCUUCUAAACAAGAAGAAACUGGUGCAAAUUCUUGUUGGUGAAGGUGCAGAUAAGCCCUACUUAGUGUCUUUUUGGCCCUCAACAGACAAGGAACUACCUCAGGAUAAGUUUCAAGGUGAUCACAAGGGUGUGCAGUUUUUCCAGGAAUAUCCCGGCAGUUACAUGUUUAGAAAUAUUUGGAACGGGGUUUCGAAACAGUUGGCAAAUGAGAUUGAAGAUGGAAAAUUGUCAUUGGCGUACUUUAACUGUGGAUCCAAUCCAAAGGUGUGCAGUACGUUGGGUAUUGAAGACUGGCCCAGAAAUGCAGAAGAAGCUAUACCUCAAAUCAUGAUGAUGCUACCACCUUCUGCGGGUGGUAACAGGGUCGUUUAUAAUAGACCCACUCGUCCAUCUAUCCAAGAUCUUUUAUUAUGGACCUCUCGCUUACUUGAAAUUUACAGAUUUGAGGAUCUCUCAGAAUCGAAAAUUCAGAAAAUUGGCGGCAUUGUGAAGAGAUUAAGAAGAGAGAGUGACAUUAAGGAUUAUUCCAAGGUGACAUUUGUUCUUUUAGAAGACCCUGCUACCAGGGUGCCUGAAGACGAUAUGAUUUUGAGAAAGCUUCUACAACCCAUAAUGGAUUUUCGGGGCAAUGUCUAUUUAUUCAAGAGUACCGAUAGUACCGGCUUUCUUCGCUUGUUGAAAACACAAAGCAGAAUUAUGGAGGAUGAUUAUCUUAAUAAAGAUUCGGAUAAGAACAACAAGGAUUUAAUAUCAUUUGAUCCUGCUAUGUUUGCGGCAAGAACACUUUCAGCAUUGCCAAUGAUGCUUUGCUUUAGAUCAAACACGUUGGACGGUGUGGCAAUGAAAAGUUUCAGUUCCAGGGAUAUUCGUGAUACUGGAAAAGUGCUCAAAUUCAUCUAUAAAAAUGCUUACCCAAUGGCAUGGCCACUUUUACGUAAAAACCUCGAUGUUGUGUUUCCCGAAUACGAUGAGUCGUAUUACUCUAAAAAUGAAAAGGUUCUUGUUUCCUUAAUUGAUCCAAAGAAGCCAAAGGAGCUUCAGAAAAUAUCAUAUGGAAUGUCUUACAUCUAUCACAAAUUCACCUACAUUCAAAACAGGGAGCAAUUUAACAAGUUGGACAAUGAGAGGAAGAAGAAGUAUGCCAAGAUCAAAGAUUUGCAAGAUGGUUCACAUCAUCAUGAUAUUAUGAAAAUCAUGAGUACUACGGUUCAGGAAACUUUCGAGAACAUGCACAAUGAAUUAAGAAUCGCCUAUGUUGACAUAGAGAAUCUCAAGGCAUUGAGAUAUAGACUUGGCUGGAAGAAUAUCGUACCAUCGAAGUAUAAGAGUGGCGAUUUCUUGUUAGUGUCAAGAUUUUCAAAUGGUUACUGGGACGAGUCAUCUGAGGGCAAGCAGUUCAACAUCGAAGACGUUGAUAACGUUAUUUCUGGAAUAAAAUACGCAAGCGAGCACGGUUUCUCUGGGAAGAGACUGUACACACCAAUAUUGAAGAUUGCAAUAUUUGUUCCACUUACGAUAAUAGUUAUCUGCUUCAUUUGGAAAUGGACUCGCAAGUUUCUUUUAGCCCGUAGCCUUAGAAAAAAUAGGAUGAAGGGUUUGGGAAUAUUGGGCGUGGAUCCUUCAUUGGGGAGUACCGAACUCGACAAACUUGAGUGA